UAACGACAACAACAAAUCCUGAUACAUUCCAAUUGUUUUCUGUGCAGUUAACGUUAUUCCGUGUUAUAACAUAUCUUCAAGAGGAGGCGUUUUCCAACAAAGUGACAAUGAGUAAAAAACAGAUCGUUCGAGUGUUUGAUGAGUAUCACAAAUCAAGGAUGCAGUUUGUCCAAACUGUUGCUGACCUAGCGACCGAACCUCGAAACAUACAAGUCCUUCAAAAUGCUGGCGUGAUGUCAAUGCUGCGUGCCCUCCUGUUGGAUGUGAACCCCAGCAUUCAGCAGACGGCAGCAUUGACUCUGGGCCGCCUGGCAGACCACAGCGAUGACCUGGCCACGGUCGUGGUGGAGGAAAACAUCCUGCCCUCGCUGGUCCAGUCUCUGGCCUUGCAGAAUAGGUUCUAUAAGAAGGCAGCAGCGUUUGUGCUGCGUGCCGUAGCGAAACAUUCCCCUGAGCUGUCCCAGGCUGUGGUGGCCUGCGGGGGAGUUGAUGCCCUGGUCAGCUGCCUGGAUGACUUUGACCCCGGGGUGAAAGAGGCUGCUGCCUGGGCUCUGGGCUCCAUCGCACAACACAAUGCAUCCUUGUGUCAGUCAGUCGUUGAUGCGGGUGCUGUCCCCCUGCUGGUCUUGUGUCUUUUGGAGCCUGAGAUGGCCCUCAAACGCAUCACGGCCUCCACCCUCAGCGAGAUCUGCAAGCACACACCUGAACUUGCCCAGACUGUCGUGGAUAAUGGCGCCAUUUCCCAUUUGGCACAGAUGAUAUUCAACCCAGAUGCCAAACUAAAGAGGCAGGUGUUCUCAGCCCUAUGUCAGGUCAGCAAACACUCAGAAGGCCUGGCUGAGAUAGUGAUCGAGGCAAACAUCUUCCCUGCAGCGCUGGCCUGCCUCCAAGAUCCAGACAAGUACGUCAAGAAGAACGUCGUUACUCUGAUGAGGGAGAUCGUGAAACACUCACUGGCGCUGUCCGAGAUGAUUGUGGCUUGUGGUGCCAUUGGAGUUGUGAUCGAUUAUCUGGGUCAUUGCCAAGGAAGCCUGCGGUUGCCCGGCAUCAUGCUGCUGGGUUAUGUGGCCGCUCACAGUGAGAACCUGGCCAUGGCUGUCAUUCUCUCCAAGGGUGUGCACCAGCUGGCCCUGUGUCUCGCCGAGGAACACGAGUCGCACAUCAAGGCAGCCAUAGCCUGGUCCAUUGGCCAGAUUGGUCACCACACCCCGGAGCACGCGAAGGCCGUGGCCACCUGUGACCUUUUGACCAAACUGCUGGAACUCUACGUGGACGCCAGCAGCUCCGAGGACCUGCAGGCCAAAAGUAAGAAGGCUCUAAAGACCAUUCUGCAAAAGUGCACCUACCUGCUAGGUCUGGAGCCCCUCCUCUACGAUGUUCCCACCACCAUCCUCAAACAUGUUGUGGGCCAGAUCAGCAAGGUGACACAACUGGUGCUGCCUCACGACAGUCAAGCUCGCCGUCUUUUUGUGACCAGCGGGGGGCUGAAAAGAUUACAGGAGAUCGAGGCAGAGCCCGGCUCCCCUCUCCAGGAACACAUUGACACUAUUAACAACUCUUAUCCUGAAGAGAUAGUCAGGUACUACUCCCCUAACUACUCGCAGGUCUUGCUAGAGCAGUUGGAGCACUAUGAACCGGCUUGAUUAGUUCAAACAACUCAUCACAUGAUGAUGCCUUUACAAUAAAUGUAUGAAAAUGUACAACUUC